AUGGCUCUGCUGGCGCGGAUCCUCAAAGCCCGUCUGAGCCCGGCGCCCGAGCGGGGCCCUUGGCAGCCUCGGCCCACGGACGCCAGGCUCCCGGCGAGGGCGCGGGCCGAGGACAAAGGAGUCGGGCGGCCGGGGGCGCCGCGGGCCGGGGGCCGGGCAGAGGGACCCCGGAGCCUCGCCGCCAUGCCGGGGCCCCGGACCCUCGCCAACCUCGUGGAGCUCUUCUGGAAGGACGGCUUCAGCCGCAUCCACGAGAUCCAGCAGAAACACACACGGGAAUAUGGAAAAAUCUUCAAGUCUCACUUUGGUCCUCAGUUUGUAGUAUCUGUUGCAGACCGAGACCUGGUGGCUCAGGUGCUCCGGGCAGAGGGGGCCGUGCCCCAGAGAGCCAACAUGGGGUCCUGGCAGGAGUACCGAGACUUACGGGGCAGAUCCACCGGGCUCAUCUCCGCGGAGGGUGAACAGUGGCUCAAGAUGAGAAGUGUGUUGAGACAAAGAAUUCUGAAACCGAAAGAUGUGGCCAUUUUUGCAGGAGAAAUCAACCAAGUUAUUGCUGAUUUAAUUAAAAGAAUCUACUUCCUCAAGAGCCAGGCAGAAGAUGGGGAGACUGUGACCAACAUCAAUGACCUUUUCUUCAAAUAUUCAAUGGAAGGAGUGGCCACCAUUCUUUACGAGAGUCGUCUGGGCUGCCUGGAGAACAGCGUCCCGCAGGCGACGAUGGACUACAUCGAGGCCCUGGAGCUCAUGUUCUGCACGUUCAAGACGUCCAUGUACGCCGGUGCCAUCCCUAGGUGGCUCCGCCCGCUCAUCCCCAAACCCUGGCGGGAAUUCUGCAGGUCCUGGGAUGGACUCUUCAAAUUCAGCCAAAUUCACGUUGACAACAAGCUGAGGGACAUACAGUGCCAAAUGGACCGAGGGGAGAGAGCGAGAGGGGGCCUGCUCACGUACCUCUUCCUCAGCCAGGAGCUGACACGGGAGGAAAUCUAUGCCAACAUGACCGAGAUGCUGCUGGCUGGCGUGGACACGACAUCGUUCACGUUGUCCUGGGCAGUGUAUCUCCUCGCGAGGCACCCGGAAGUGCAGCAGACCCUGUACCGGGAGAUAGUGAGGAAUUUGGGGGAAAGGCAUGUUCCCACGGCUGCAGACGUCCCCAAAGUCCCACUCGUCCGAGCUCUGCUUAAGGAAACCUUGAGGCUGUUUCCAGUGCUGCCGGGGAAUGGCCGUGUCACCCAGGAAGACCUGGUUGUUGGCGGGUAUCUGAUUCCCAGAGGCACCCAGCUGGCCCUCUGCCACUAUGCCACCUCCUACGAGGAUGAGAACUUCCCUCGGGCCAAGGAGUUCCGGCCUGAGCGCUGGCUGCGGCCAGGAAACCUGCGCAGGGUUGACAAUUUCGGGUCCAUCCCCUUCGGCUACGGGGCUCGAAGCUGCAUCGGGCGGAGGAUUGCAGAAUUGGAGAUCCACCUCCUUGUGAUUCAGUUGCUUCAACGUUUUGAGAUCAAAAUAUCUCCAUGGACUAAAACUGUUCAUGCAAAAACCCAUGGGCUUCUGAUGCCAGGGGAGCCCAUCCACGUGCGUUUUGUUAACAGAAAGUGAGCCUGGCGUUUUCACCCAUCUGCCAGACCGACACACACCAGGUGUUCGUGGGCCACGGAUGAUGGUGGGGGAGAAAAGGAUCCCUUCUGGGGGCUGUCUUGGUUAUAAAUUGGCCUCCUGGUUUCUGGGAGACUUUGAAAUCUUUAUGCAAAGUAAUGUGAGAAGAUUGCUUUACUUUUGCAUACCAGAGU